UAUGACCAUGGGAACCCAGUCAAUUAUUAUAUGGAAUAGAUUUUUCUUUUUUUAUGAUCGAGUCUGGUGCGUCACCGUUAAAAGUCUGCAAAGAAUUUAAAAUAUUUUACGUCACAUUUAGAAUCCGGAUCAAAGCGUUCCAUGUCUACUGCUUGUGCGUUGAGGUUAAAACUGUAAGUGUGGUAUGACGUCACGGCGAUGGGCGGGUCUAGUAAAUUACCCUUAUCCAAAUGCAUUCAAAGCUUACACUUAAAGCAGGCGGCGGCAAAACGGUGCGUCUUCUAACCUGAAACAGUAACCCACAUCGUCAGCUUUUCAGGAAGAGACGGCGAGUGAGCGUGUGUAGUAAGCAUGGCAGAAGCUCACCAGGCAGUGGCCUUCCAGUUCACUGUCACACCCGAUGGCAUCGACUUGCAGCUGUGCCAUGAGGCCCUUCGCCAAAUCUACCUGUCAGGACUUCACUCCUGGAAGAAGAGGUUCAUCAGGUUCAAGAAUGGGGUCAUGACAGGGGUCUAUCCAGGAAGUCCCUCAGGGCUUGUGGUUGUUUUGGUGGGUUACAUGUCCACCACUAAAUACGCCAAAAUAGACCCCUCCCUUGGGCUGUUCACUAAGCUGUCAACACACCUACCAGUCAGUAAAUACAUAACAGAAGAAGGCCAGCGUAUCGCUGGUGGGGUGUUGGUUGGAACGGGGUUAUGGAUUACCAUUAUUUUCGUUAUGAGGAAUGUCCUUAAGUAUCUGCUGUCCUGGCACGGAUGGAUGUAUAACCGUCAUGGAUCUCUGACCUUAAAGACAAAGAUUUGGUUGGUGUUGGUAAAGUUAUUCUCUGGGCCAAAGCCAAUGCUGUACAGCUUCCAGAGUUCACUACCGCGGUUACCUGUGCCUCCUGUGAAAGACACUGUUAGAAGAUAUCUUGAGUCAGCUCGUCCUCUGAUGGAUGAUGAACAGUACAAACGUAUGGAGGGGCUGGCAAAAGACUUUGAGAAAAACUUGGGCCCUAAACUCCAGUGGUACCUGAAGCUCAAAUCCUUGUGGGCUUCUAAUUACGUCAGUGACUGGUGGGAGGAGUAUAUUUACCUCAGAGGUCGUGGACCAAUCAUGGUCAACAGCAACUACUACGCAAUGGACUUCCUCUAUGUGAUCCCCACUAAUCUCCAAGCUGCCCGUGCUGGUAAUUCCAUCCAUGCUCUCAUGAUGUACAGAAGAAAACUGGACAGAGCACAAAUCAAACCACUCAUGGCACUAAACACUAUCCCCAUGUGCUCAUCUCAAUACGAGCGUGUGUUCAACACCAGUCGAGUUCCAGGUGUUGAAUCAGAUGUUCUUCAGCAUGUGAAUGAGAGCAAGCAUAUUGCUGUGUUCCACAAGGGGCGCUUUUUCAAGGUGUGGAUGUUUUAUGAUGGACGGUUGCUGUUGCCCCGAGAGAUUGAGCAGCAGAUUGAAAGGAUCCUAGCGGACAAGUCUGAACCUCAGCCAGGGGAGGAGCUGCUGGCUGUGCUGACGGCAGGUGAUAGAGUUCCUUGGGCCAAAGCCCGCUCACAGUUCUUCAGCAAAGGAAAGAAUAAGCAGUCUCUGGAUGCCGUGGAGAAGGCUGCUUUCUUUGUUACCCUGGAUGAUACCGAGCAACGUUACGAGCCUGACAAUCCAGUCCAGUCCUUGGACAGCUAUGCCAAAUCUCUGCUCCAUGGAAAAUGCUAUGACAGAUGGUUCGAUAAGUCUUUCAACCUGAUUGUAUUCAAGAAUGGUACUAUGGGAUUGAAUGCCGAACACUCCUGGGCUGACGCUCCUAUCAUUGGCCACAUGUGGGAACAUGUGUUGUCAUCAGAUCCAGUGAGACUAGGCUAUACUGAGGAUGGUCACUGCAAAGGAAACCUCCACCCCAGCCUGCCUGGACCCCAGAGACUGCAAUGGGACAUCCCAGAGGAGUGCCAGACAGUGAUCAAUAACACUCUGAAAGUGGCCAAAACUCUGGCGGAUGAUGUCGACAUGCACAUCUUCCCCUUCAACAACUUUGGCAAAGGCCAGAUCAAGAAGUGCAAGACCAGCCCCGAUGGUUUUAUUCAGAUCGCACUCCAGCUGGCACACUUUAGGGAUAAGGGCAAGUUCUGCCUGACAUAUGAAGCGUCCAUGACGCGUUUGUUCAGAGAGGGCCGUACUGAGACCGUGCGCUCCUGCACCAAACAGACUUGUGAUUUUGUCCGUGCCAUGAUGAGUGAUAGUGCGACGAGAGAAGAGAAGUUGAAGCUGUUGAAAGUGGCAGCAGAAAAGCAUCAGGAUUUAUACAGAUUGGCCAUGACGGGCAAUGGCAUUGACCGCCAUCUUUUCUGCCUCUACUUAGUGUCCAAGUAUCUGGGUGAAGAUUCGGCUUUCCUCAAAGAGGUGCUGUCUGAGCCCUGGAGGCUGUCCACCAGUCAGACUCCAUUGCAACAGGUCGAGCUGUUUGACUUAAAGAAACAUCCAGAAUAUGUUACCAGUGGUGGUGGAUUUGGGCCUGUUGCUGAUGAUGGUUAUGGUGUUUCAUACAUUAUUCUUGGAGAGGACCUCAUCAAUUUCCAUAUUUCCAGCAAACACUCCAGCCCAGAGACUGACUCUCAUCGCUUUGGCAGUAACAUUAAACAGGCAUUGCUUGAUAUCCUCGAUCUGUACCAGCUUGACAACAAAGCCAACAACAAAUGAUUUAUCUCUUUUGUUUUCUCUGUUCUACAAAAGGGAAUAAUUCUAAAAUAUUUUAAACAGGGCUAAUCCUCCUUAGGCAUGUGUAAAUCAAUUGUUGGUUAAAUUAAUGGUUGAAUUGAUAGAAUAGGAACUUAAAAAGGGUUGAGCAUUGUUUCUGGUUAUUUGUGAUCAUAUUUCAUUGUUUUAAAGGGUAAAAGAUCUGUUGUCUUUCUUUGCUGUACAUUAAGACAGCUUUCAUUUUAGUGCUAUUGUGUCUCUCAGAUGAACUAACUUGUUCUUUUUUGAAUUUCUUAGACUCAGGUUUGUAACUAACUUAUUCAAUUUAUGUGGCUUGAGUGUUGUUGCUUGAGUAGUAUUGUGGCAGCUUAGCUAUAAAGGGAGCAUGUGUGCCAUAUAUUUCAAACGUUGGACAUUACGACAAAUAUUGUACAGACAACCAUUUUUUUCAUUCACUUUUAUUUGUGUAUUUGCACACAAAGUGUCACAACAGAGUGUCAACAUUAUAUAUAUAUAUAUAUAUAUAUAUUUUUUUUUUUUUUUUUUUUUUUUAAAUUUUUUUUUAAUUAUUAUUUUAAUUUUUUAUUUAAUUGACUCACUAAUGGUUAGUCAAAUCAACAUGACAAGAAUUUGUUUUUGGCCAGUUAUGCAACACAUGAGUGGUCUUUUACUGCAGUAUGUUGAAACUAUGACUUUAUGAUCAUUUAUGCAUAUACAGGCCAACUAUAUCAACAGAGGGAGUUAAAUAAGAUGGGAAAAGGGCAGUAGUUAAUUUUGGUUGCCUUUUGAGUGCACCAACAACAAAUUCAUGAAUUGAAGGCAUCAUACAAAUGAUGGUGGCCUUUUUUUUCUUUUUUUAGAACAAAUCGUGAGAUCCCCACUUGCAUACAAGGGAUGUGCAGUAAAUAUAUACAGUAUUUCUGUAUAUGUUGUUUCUGAAAGAUGGAAAAGUGUGCUAUUUAUUUAUGUGUGAAAUCAUAGAUUCCUCAUCACAUAUUUUUGAAAGUGUUCUCAUGGAUUUAUUGAAUAAUAAUUAUUCUUGAUUGUAAAAAAGAAAUGAAUGAACAUGAAUAGAAUUUGAAGGGAAUGUGUUAAUUAGUUAAGAUGUGUUCUGCAUUUCAUAUGAUAUUUGAAUCAUGUUUUCCAUAGAACACAUGUUUGCAGCAAAGGUCUGAUAUAUGAACUCAGUGUUAAUGUAAUCCAGAACACCUUUCAACACAAUAAAAGUUGACCUCAAAGAGGA